AUGCCCCAACUGAAGAAUACCUCUGCAUUUUUGGCUGGCAUUGGUAUUCCAAGGAUUCACAUGGUUCUUCAUGAGCUUAACAUUGGUGUAAUUUUUAGUUUCUUAGAGCAAUUAUGGUUUCAAGAUGAGAAUGAGAGGUUUAGUGGUGGUGAAGAUGUGGCUGGUGGGAAAAUUGAGUUAGGUGAUUAUAUCUAUCACUUUUGCUCUACCAACACAGCCAAUCUCAGUUACGACACAACCAAACUUCCUUCAUUCUUAGAUUCUUUAACAUCCAGAGCAGGCGGAGCAAACCACGUCGAGUUUUACAGUGGUACCUCGGAUGAUAUUUAUGGUCUCUUCCUUUGCAGAGGCGAUGUUGAUCCCCGUAACUGUCAGACCUGUGUCACCAAAGCGAGAGAAGAGAUUAUAGGACAAUGCCUCUCGAAUAAAACAGCGAUUAUAUCGUACGACAUGUGCAUGUUACGCUACUGUGAUAUCAAUUUUUUCGGUCGUAAAGAAACACUCCCAAGGGUGUUCAUGUGGAACAUUAAUGGAAAUUCAACCUUGGGAUCACCGGAUCCGGAGAAUUCCGGCAUGUGA